AUGACUGGACGGUUCCAAAUACCACAACAGAACUUCUUCACACCAGAAGAUGCAACAACAUGGGCUGUCAUAUUCAAAACUCGCUAUUUAAACGACUGUCUUCAAAACAUACUUGACUCCAACAAGAUUGACCCGGCAGAUAUCAAAACGGAGCUAAAUUGUGAUGAGAACGCAACGAAACCAAUCCCUGUGAAUUUAUCUGCAGUGAAAUACGAAGACAGCUAUCGCCAACUACCGUUCUCUCACAUCCGCUACAAGCGUCAGAAACCAAAUCUCUUCGGAAACUCUAUCGUUGUUCUCAAUAUGACUCCAGCAGGCCCACAUAAUAAAGAAAAUUGCAAAUCCGGAAUCAAACGCCAAGCACCAGCAACCACUUCAACUGCCUCAAAACGUAGCAAGUAG